AUGCCUUUUGCUACAGAUAUUUUGACAGACCCCUCGGUUUCAGCUUCUGCUAGACAGCAAGCUCUCAAUCGCAUCUACUCCGACCCAGGCCUCCCCCAAAGUUCGACGACCUCGUCGUUCUGGACUCGAAACCCACACAACUUCAGCCAGGGAGCUAAGCAUCUGCGCAAGGAAGCAGAUAUUGUCAUCAUCGGAUCUGGUAUUACUGGAGCAUCUAUUGCGCGGAACUUGCUCCAGAACUGCGCUUCGCAGCACUCUUCCACCUCCCACCCAUCCAUUGUCAUGCUCGAAGCUCGCACAGUGUGCAGCGGCGCAACCGGCCGCAAUGGCGGUCACAUCCUGGAGACAGCCGACGAAUAUAGUAGAUUCGCCGAUGUCCUUGGCGUGGAUGCCGCGCGUAAUCUCAUCCGCUUCCGAUUGGCGCAUCUCCGGGAGAUGCUCACUGUCGCAGAGGAGCUUGGCAUCACGGCAGAGACGCAAGCACGAAAGGUUCGGUUCCUGAGCAUCUAUUUCCGCGAUAAACCUUGGAAGACGGCUUUGGAGCGGAUGCACCGUUUCAAGGAGGAAAUGCCGGAGGAAGCCGCUGAAUGGACAUCUUAUGGGGGAGACAAUAUCCCGAAGGAAUUCUGUUUGACUCGUGCCCGAGGUGUCAUCGCCGGCCCCGCAGGUGCCCUCUGGCCCUACAAAUUUGUCACCGGCAUCCUCACGCGUCUGCUUGCGGACUUCCCGGAUCACUUCCACGUCGAGGAAAACACCGCCGUGACCGCUAUACACGAUGAAACUACCGCCAACAGCCAACGAUACAUGGUCAAGACAAGCAGAGGCACCAUAACCACCCGGCACGUCAUUCACUGCACCAAUGCCCAUGUCAGCCACCUUGUACCCGGAUUUCGGGGCCGAAUCUUCCCCGUUCGCGGCCAAAUGUCCGCGCAGACCCCCGGUGACAAUUUCCCCAAUCAGGCAGAGGAUCAUUCGUGGCUCUUCAACUACGACCGCGGGUUCGACUACAUGACCCAGCUGCCGGAGGGACAGAUGAUGCUCGGCGGAGGCUUCGUGCAGAGCGAGGACGGCGGCCUAGCGGAUCUGGGCGUCUCGACAGACUCUGAUCUUAGUCUUUACAUUGAUAUUCAUUUGUCUGGGGCUCUGCGUGCCAUCUUCGGAAGCAAAGACUGGGGCCGUGUGCAAGGCGACUCAGUGCAAGCGAUGUGGACUGGCAGUAUGGCUUUCAGCUCCGAUGGGUUCCCGUGGGUAGGACGGUUGCCUGGAGCUGUGACAGGUCGGGCUGAGCAUGGGUCUGAGGGGGCAGAGUGGGUUUGUGCUGCGUUUGGUGGAGACGGAAUGGUUCAGGCUUGGCUUGGUGGUAAGGCGGUGGCGACUAUGUUGCUCGCCCAGGAUCCUUCCCUCGGUGAAACUGUCAGUUCGGAUCUCUCGUGGUUCCCUGAGCAGCUGCUUGUGUCGGAGGAGAGAUUUGCUGAGGCGGCGUUGCCGAAAGAGGUUGGUGAUGACGUGCACAAGGCGAAUCUUUAA